CAGAGGCGAGCUGUAGAGGUAGUGUCCUAGAGAGUAUAACCGAGAUGUGGUGUGUCACAUUCUUGUUGGCCUUGUCUUCCUCUGCAUUCACACUUGUUAAUGGAGAAUGUCCCACCUACGAGAAGGAUUACUACACGGAUAUCGGUUGUGUCCCGGAAGCUGUAGACGACUCCGGAUGUCCCACUAGCUAUGAUUGUAAUUCGCUGACACAAAGGAGCCUGGACAAAUGUUAUUACAAGGGCAGGGCCUAUGAGGAAGGCCACAAGCUAGAUGAGACACCGGAUGCCCCGUGCCUGGUUGAAUGUCGAUGUGAGCCUACCGGUAACAGCUCAGUGGCCUUCUCUUGCGUGGGCGUGGAAUGUCCCUCAGAAUUCGAACCACCUCCAGAGCCCGGAUGUUACAACGUCCACGAGCAUGGCCAAUGUUGCAGUGUCAAGGAGAUUUGUGAUUCAAAUUCAAAAGAAGGUGAAGCGGAAGGGAAGACUCCGAAGGAAAUGUGUGAAUACAAUAAUAAGGUUUACCAAGUGGGAGAGCAGUUUUAUCCAGAAGAGUCUUCUUGCUUAGAAUGCAUCUGUGGACCCGGUUUCGUCGGCUUGCUUCAAGAGCCCUUUUGCCGAAAGAUUAACUGUAGUUUGGAGUUGAACUAUGCAGAACGCAUCAUGGAUGGAUGUGUGCCAGUUUAUUUUGGCAACAAUGACUGCUGUCCUCACGGCUGGAGAUGUCCUGACCUAUCGGACUCAGUAAUGCCGUCGGAGUCAGGGAGUGAAACUAAAGAAGUAUCAGCUUCCGAGAAAAGCUGCAAGUUUGGGGCUCUGACGAUGCGGGUGGGCGAGAAGCUGAACCCUGUGACGGACGGGGGAGGUGAGUGGCAUUGUUCAUGCCGGGUGCCUCCUCACCCCAUCUGUGUUGAGACCCGCUCGCCCCAAGAGGACCAGUAGACAUCUAUCUCCUGUGACACUUAAACAGUGUGCAGUUUUAAUAAUUAUUAACUUACUUUGUGAAUCCAUUGAAAAUGUGAAUUGUAGAGACGAUGUGAUUUGUUUUAGCGAGUAGUCUUUGAAAAAUCUACACCCUCUUUUCCGUUCAAGAAGAUAUGGCAAUAUAAAAACAUUGAAUGUAUGGUACUUCAAAUUCAAAUUUAAAAAGAAGUUGUAAAUUAUUUUAGAUAAAUUGUUACAUAAUUUUCAGUGCGCAGCAAUUUCAUAUACAUAUGUAUUCAUAUUGUAUUAGACGUACAUAAAAUCAGUUACUAUUUAUUUUACAGACUUAUAGAUAUUUUAGCUUAUUCACCAUGUUAACGUAAUGUCUGCCUGUAUCACCAUGAUGAAAUAAUGCCUGUCUUUAUCACCAUGAUGACAUAAUACCUUUAUUUAGUUUUACUGAUUCAUAAGCUGUACAAAUCGUGUAAUACUUGCAAGUUUAAACUAUCGUGUUUACAAUUAUCGAGCUUGAUUGUCAUACCGCUAACACUGUAUACAUUGUUACGAGUUGAAUAAACAGAAUAUUACCAUACGUUGACAGAAAAACAUAGCUCUGAGCCUAAACGUAUAAACCUAUCAUCUGUGAUAUAAAUGUCAUGAUAUAAUAAUUACAUAAUCUAAAAAUAUAUUAUUACGUCUGUGCUUCUUCUGGCGUAGUGCUAGGUUUAGGCGUGUUUAAUUUUAUUCACUUGCAUAUUUUGUGUUGUUAAUUCUGACUUUAUAGUAUUUUUCACUUAUGAGUUUGGUUAGUUUACAAUUUGCAUGUUUGAAGGUCAUACAUAUAGCAAUCUAAAAUUGUAUUUCUCUUACUGUACGAAUUAAAUAUGGCAAAGAUCUGGGAUCAUCUCAUUCUUAGAAAUAAACCUUUCUCCAUUUUUAACCAAAUAUUUUGUUAAACUCAAGAUAUUUUGUACUAUUUCUCCUUUACGUUGCAACUUUAGGGAUUACAAUCGGGACCAUAAUCGGGAUAUCUGGAAAUUUCUAUUAUAACUUUAUGUGUGUAUGUCUCUGAGUAUAGCACACCUAGUUUUAAUAUAGUUAUAUUUAUAUAUACUGGGUCUCACAUACCACCUGUUCAUUCACUAUUUAUGUAAUUAGAACCGUACAACCUAGAACCACAAAUUGAAUGUAUACCCACUAAAUAAGCUAUUUACUAUCCGUUAAAAUUAUUUUUAACUGUUUUAAUUUAAAGACAAAUUUUAAAACCCUUGACUUUCAACGCUCUUGAAAAUAAUUUAUUACUUUAUCCAUGUUUCCUUUUAAUUUCCUCAAUAUUUUGAUACAAAUUUUAUCGGAUAGUAAAUACUAUCUUUUAACAACUAUAGUAACUGUGUCCCUCGGUGGUGUUUUCAUUUUAUACAGUCACCAUGUGUUGCAAUCCAGAGUUGAAACGGCACCAAUUAAAUGAAAUUUUAUCUGUUAGACAUUUUAAUAAUUGCUGUUUCUAUUAUUAGUGUUCUGCCAUAAAAAAGUUGUAUUAUUAUAAUGUAGUAAUUAAACGAUAAGCAACAAUCACCAGAAUCUGUAUUUGGUUUACAUAAAACGCCAUUUUUUUUGUUAGUGUCUGCUGCCGUUUUAGCUAGGCGUUGUCUUUGGCAGACACCAUUAUAGAUACCAACAUUGAAAAUUUAAAAUACAUUUUUUAAUAUAUUUCCGAACUUGGUAAAACAUUCCUAAAAGUUGGCUGACGUAUAGGUUAUCUAUCGUAUAGGUAAUCUGGUGGCUGUUAUAAAUUAAUACCCCACCGAGGGACAAACGGUAUACUUACUGUAGCAAUAAAUUUUUUUCACCUUUUCAAAUAACUUGUAUAGGUAGUGCUAAUGUGGACCACUUAGCUUACCCCUAUGUCUGCACACCGCUGUUACAUUUUACUCAUAUAUCAAACUUUAAGAUUUUAGCUUUAAUGCAUUAUCGUAUAAUACAGGUACAGCACAUCUUCAUCUGGAUUAGAUGUCUUUGGUAUAGACAACAUUCUUGGUGUUUCUUCUUAUAAUUGUGUUUAUUUCUCAAAUUCAAGCGUUAAUACUACUUUUUAAAUUAUUAUCAAGUUGAUUUUUAGUAUUAUCUUUCUGUUUAAUUUUAAACAUCUUUCAGAAAAAAAUAAAGAUAUAAGUUUUCACCUCUUAUGAGUCGAAUGCAAUAUAUGAUUGAACAAAACACGUAUUCUUAUUAGUUUAAUUAUAUAUUUAUAAGUAACAAAAUGUACGUUUAUCAUAGGCCAGUGUCAUAACUAUUGUCUAAGAGUUGUAAUGGAAAAAUUUAUUAUAUAAUUAAAUUCUUUAAAUAUUUAGGUUUCACUCUAAAGACCCAUUUUAAUCAACAGAUGUUACAAUUUUUGUUGAAUUUUAACUGGAGUCUCUCAUGGAUGUCUGUUGAUUGAAGAAGGCAGACAGGCUUUUCUCAGUGAGGUCGACACAUUUUGAGAACUGUAUAAGCAAAUGUUUCGACGCGAUUUGAACAUGACAAAUAUUUGAUAACUAUAACUAACCAUAACUAUAACUAUAUGAUUUAUAAUAUUUAAUAUAACUUUAUAAUAAUGCUGUUAUUUAUCAUAGCUUUAUAUCAUUUAGCGAUAUACGGAAUAUAUUAUACCAUAAUGACAAUAAAAUAGAUUAUUAUGCCAUAAAAUACAAUACAGCUACAAAUCUUAUCAAAAUGUGAGCGUAGGAUUUUAAGUUGAAAGUAUCAAUAAAAUAUAAUUAAUAUAAGUAAAUUAAGUAUAAAAAAUAAUAGACUAUUCUUUGGUUCGACUGAAAUAAAAUUUACUACGCCAGAACUGUAAUAUGUAUUUAACAAAUGCUUAAAAUAAAACUGUUUAUUUUGUUUGGA